CGCGUGCGUGAAGUCCCGCCCCGGAACUGCAGUUUCAGACCCUGCUGCUGCUGCAGUUCCGGGUCAGGUUGGCGCAGACGUCCCCGGUGCAGGAGAGAAGUCUGGCGCAACCAUGAAGUUAAAGGAGAUCAAAUCAAGGCCAAAGCCACCGAGUCGUGGUACAUUUCAGACAAAGGGCAUCAAAGUUGUGGGGAAGUGGAAGCAGGUGAAGAUCGACCCAAAUCUGUUUGCAGAUGGACAGAUGGAUGACUUGGUGUGCUUUGAGGAACUGACAGAUUACCGUUUAGUCUCCCCUGCCAAAAACCCCUCUGGUUUCUUCUCAAACGAGGAGCCCAAGAAGAGAAAGGCCCAGGCUGUUUCAGAAGAGGAGGAGGAGGAUGAAGAAGAAGAGUCUAGCUCUCCGAAGAAGAAGACCAAGUUGAAGAAACGGAAAGAUGUGUUAGUGACUGCCAAAGGAAGUACUGCCCAGGAUGAAGUCAAAGAUUCUGAGCCAGAGACUGUUUGUUUGGAUCAAAAGGUAGGGGACGCAGCCUCGGAAAGCCUGGCACAGGCUGUUCCAAAAAAGAAGAAAAACAAAGGGAAAAAGAAAUUAGAUCUUUCCCAGAGCACCGCCUCUAAAGUGCCCAAAAAAGCAAAGACAUGGAUGCCUGAAGUGCAUGACCAGAAGGCAGACGUGUCCGCCUGGAGGGACCUGUUUGUGCCCAAGGCUGUUCUCCGAGCACUCAGCUUCCUAGGCUUCUCCGCACCCACCCCGAUCCAGGCUCUGACCUUGGCCCCUGCCAUCCGGGACAAGCUGGACAUCCUUGGAGCCGCUGAGACAGGAAGCGGGAAAACGCUUGCUUUUGCCAUCCCGAUGAUUCAUGCGGUGCUGCAGUGGCAUAAGAUGAAGGCUCCACCUAUCCCACAUAGCGCUGGGAUACCACCAAGGGAGAGCAGGGUAGGAGCCGCUGCUGAUCUUGGAUCACCUCGCACGGAUGGGACUGAGUCUGGAGUGUUUCUUCAUGAGGCCAGAACUGAGAAUGAAGCACAGCCCAGUGAGGCUGGGGCGAAGACCGAACCCAAGACUAGUGCCUCUGCUUCAGCCUGGGCACCGCUCUCCCGUGAUGGUGAUGAUGCUGGUGAAGGACCUUCUUCCUUGGUUGAGGACAAGCUUGUCCCCAAGCAGAAUGAGGACGGAGGAGACGAGCUUGACGAAGAGCAGCCUGGGAGGUUAAGGCAGGAGCUGUGUGACCGCAUUGCUGUCUAUAAGGUGCACCCACGGCGCCCCCUGCUGGGACUCGUCCUGACGCCCACUCGAGAGCUGGCCAUCCAGGUCAGACAACACAUUGAUGCUGUGGCCAGGUUUACAGGGAUUAAGACAGCAAUUUUAGUUGGUGGAAUGUCCACACAAAAGCAGCAGAGGAUGCUGAAUCGCCAUCCAGAGAUUGUGAUCGCCACCCCUGGUCGACUCUGGGAGUUAAUUAAAGAAAAACAUCCUCAUUUAAGCAACCUUCGGCAGCUCAGGUGCCUCGUGAUAGAUGAAGCUGAUCGAAUGGUUGAGAAAGGCCAUUUUGCUGAGCUCUCCCAGCUUCUAGAGAUGUUAAAUGAUUCCCAGUACAACCCCAAUCGACAAACUCUUGUGUUUUCUGCCACACUAACCCUGGUACACCAAGCUCCUGCUCGAAUCCUUCAUAAGAAGCAUGUGAAGAAAAUAGAUAAAACCGCCAAACUUGACCUUCUCAUGCAGAAGAUUGGCAUGCGGGGCAAGCCAAAAGUUAUUGACCUCACGAGGAAUGAGGGUACAGUGGAGACCCUGACAGAGACCAAGAUCCACUGUGAGACAGAUGAGAAAGACUUGUAUCUCUACUAUUUCCUCAUGCAGUACCCAGGCCGCAGCCUGGUGUUUGCCAACAGCAUCUCCUGCAUCAAACGCCUCUCUGGGCUCCUCAAGGUCCUGGACAUCAUGCCGCUGACUCUGCAUGCCUGCAUGCACCAGAAACAGAGGCUCAGAAACCUGGAACAGUUUGCCCGUCUGGAAGACUGUGUUCUCUUGGCAACAGAUGUGGCAGCUCGGGGUCUGGAUAUUCCUAAAGUUCAACAUGUCAUCCAUUACCAGGUGCCCCGCACCUCAGAGAUUUAUAUCCACCGGAGUGGUCGAACUGCCCGUGCUACCAGUGAAGGCCUCAGCUUGAUGCUGAUUGGGCCUGAGGAUGUGAUGAACUUCAAGAAGAUUUACAAAACUCUGAAGAAGGAUGAGGACAUCCCACUGUUCCCAGUGCAGUCAAAGUACAUGGAUGUGGUCAAGGAGCGGAUCCGCCUAGCCCGACAGGUUGAAAAGGCUGAGUACCGGAACUUCCAGGCUUGUUUGCACAACUCCUGGAUUGAGCAGGCGGCGGCAGCCCUCGAGAUCGAGCUGGAAGAAGACAUGUACAAAGGAGGAAAAGCCGACCAGCAGGAAGAGCGUCGGCGACAGAAGCAGAUGAAGAUCCUGAAGCAGGAGCUACGCCAUCUGCUCUCCCAGCCACUCUUCCAGGAGAACCUGAAGACCAGGUACCCCACACAGUCUGGCAGGCCGCCUCAGCCUGUGGUGGCCCCCGGGAAUGGCGAGUCUGCGCUGAGCUGCCUCUCCAGACAGAAGAGGAGGAGGAAGAAGCCAAAAGAGCAUCGGCCACCACCACAGCCAAGUUCAAGCACAAGCUAACUUGCCCCCAGCGUGAUGACUGCUCAGUGGUACCUCUCCUCCAGCCAUCUGUGAAAGCCUUCCUAGCCUGCGCUUCACUCCGCCAUCCACCCAGGAAAAUGUCUCACUCUUCCAUCUUUUAGCCAAAAAGACCUCGUGCACAUGUGUGUUGUGGAGUAAGUGUAGUAGCCAGCAACUGUGUCUCUGCAUCCAGUUUAUGCAGGCUUCUUGUGUACACCUUGGUUUCCCAAUUAAAAACAAGUGGGAGCAGAGAA